AUGCCAAACUUUUUGCCAUCGGCAUCUGGAUUGGGUAAAAAUCCAUAUACCACACAAGCAAGCCAAGCAAGUUCAUCAGUUUCGCUACAAGAUUUAAAUCAGCGUAUCGUCACUCCACCACAGCACACAGAUUCAUGGGAUUCUCUUCACAACAAUGAUCUUCCAGAGCCUGUCUUACCAUGGAUGAAGUCAGAGUCACGUCAAUCAUUGGGUUCUCGCACUUCCGUAGAUACAACAAGUCUUCAUGUCAUGAAGAGACAAUUACCUGAUCCAGCCGUAAAGAAAAAGCAGAGAUGGUCCAAACACAAAUGGUGGCUAUUGUUUUCUAAUACAGUGUUGUUUUGUUAUGGGCUGGGAAUCAUGUUGCUGGCACUGUUAACCUAUUUCAAAUUUUAUCUUCGUGCAGAUGUUGUUUUAGUAGGAGAACGAAUGAUUCUCAAUUUGAUUCUUGCUACCGGCGUUGUGUGUCUAUUCACAUCGCUGCUGGGCUACGUCGGUAUUAUGCUGAACAAUCGUCCGGUGCUAUCUAUAUACAAUCUAUUCUUAUGGCCAUGCUUUGGCCUCAUCGCCGCUAUCGGUUACACGGCCUAUCGCAAAAACAAAUGGAAUAUCGAAGGUAAACUUUCGUACCAAUGGCAUUAUGAUCUCGAUUCCGAUGGCAGAGCCCGUAUCCAAGCCAAUCUUCAUUGCUGUGGAUACAAAAGCUUCACCGAUUACCACGAGAGAUCCAACAAAUGUUUCCCUCGCACCUUGUUACCUGGCUGCAAAUUCAAAUAUCAAUCUUUCACCAAAGAAGCAUUGACCAUAACUUGGAUCGUAGCAUUCAGUAUGAUCCCAGUGCACCUGUUUGUCAUGUUUACAGCUCUCAUGUGUUCAAAUCACAUCAAUCGCAAAUUCGGAAAGGGAUUGCCGCCAAAGAUCUAUCGCUUGGAUUAUCAAGGUAUCGUUGCUGGUACACCCACUGGCAGUUCAUUGAACCUUCAUAAGGACGGCUUACAACAAAGACAUGCAGCAUAA